AUGGAGAAACCAUCAAUCACGUUACCACCAAUCUCAAAUCUCAUUGGAGUCGCCAAGCCAGAGCACCACACACUUGACUUUGAUGCCCUCCUCAAGCCUGAAAUUAAAAAUGAAGGACCAAAAAAGAUUAAGUUUGAUAGAAAUGAAGACAUGAUGCUUUAUAACAUCGUAACAUCGAGACUAUGCAGCAACUGGAAUGAAGUAGCUGCACUCAUGAGGACCAGAUCUGCGAGACAAUGUCGUGAGAGAUGGAACAACUACUUAAAUCCAUUUCUCAGAAAUGACCCAUGGUCUCCACAAGAAGAUGAACUUCUUCUUUCAAAGUUCAAAGAAUUUGGACAAAAAUGGAGGAAGAUUUCUAAGUUCUUCGUGAACAGAUCAGACAACGCUUUAAGAAACCGUUAUUACGUUCUUGAGCGUAGAAUCAAUAAGUACCACACUUCCUCCCAGAACUCAGAAGAAUCAUCCAAUUGA